CUACAUAUUUUGUCAUGCAUAAAUAAUUCUUUGUUUUUAUUUUUUUAGAAUUCAUUAUUUCGAUACAAUAAUACUUCUACCAAAUCUUAUAUUUCUUUUAUUUAUUCUUACUAAAUGGUUUUAUACACGAACAAAAUUAAAUUGUAAUAAACCAUUAUUAUUAAGUGUAUAUUGUUUAAUUCUUACUGUAUCAUUUAUUAAUAUUUUACGAUGUUUAUAUGCUAUGGUUUUUGCCGAUCAAGUAUCUCAUAUCAAAGGCAUUAUAUUAAAAAUACUUUGGUUACUUGUUCGAUUUACACUUUUAUGUACAGAAUUAAGUCUUUUAUUUUUCGGAAUUUAUUCUGGACGUUCCAAUCCAAAUCGACAAUGGAUAAAAACUGCAAAAAUCUUAAUUAUUUCAUCCAUUUGUUCUUUAAUUUAUACAAUAACACAAGGUGUACUUGAAUUCGAAGGUGAUACACGUCCAAGCAGUUUUAAACUAUCGAAUUAUAAUCUUUAUUCAUAUGGUGGAAUGAAAUUUCUUCUUAUAUCAAGCGCAAUUUUUCUUAUUAUGUAUAUAAUUAUCUUCUUUUUACCAUGUUUAUGUCAUAAACAUCGUAAAUAUUUACCAAUUCGUCGAUCGUUUUAUAUCUAUUGUUUUAUCAUGGCAAUUAUAAAUAUGAUUCAAAUAAUUGGAACAAUUUUAAAUUUAACUGAAACUACAAAAUAUGCUAUGUGUAUUGUUGAUGGUACGACAUGUGUAUUUUAUAUUUGUUUUGCUCCAUUUGUUUAUCAUCAAUUUCUACGACGAGCAUUAAGUUCACAAACUCUCAUUCCACAAGUAAUGUAUGCUGAUGCAGCAAUUAACGAUGAUGCUGGCGAAGAUGAUGAUGAUGAUCUUAUCGAUGCUGAGAUUGAAUCAAAUCGUCCUUUAAUUGAUUAUUCAAUCGAUUAUAUUGAAGAUAAUUUAUCUUCAACAACAAUACGAUCAGUCGUAUCAUAA